AUGGUCAAUGCCACAGAAGUCGCAAAUCAAGCCGGAACCUCAAAUGACUCUGGAAAAUCAGGAAUUCAGAGAGAUUCUCCAACCCAUUUGGACAUCACCGUAUUCUCGGAAUUGGAACUCAUCGCCACUUCAAAUCACCCCAAAUCCACAGACAUCCCAACUAGCCGCAACUAUUUGUGGCAAAUGGAAAGUUCAUGAAGCACUUAUUUUGGAGCAGAUUGUAUGAACAAGAACUUCAAGUGGAAAUGGAAAUCACCAUCGUGAUCAAAGAAGUUCAAAAACCCACUACUAGCGGAAUUUACCGCUCAAUCCAUAAUUCUUGGAAGAUUCGAGAUCCAGCUGGAUAA